AUGCUUCUCCUAGACUACCACAACGUGCUUAUCCAAUCCCUCCUCACGGAGCGGUUCUCCGAAGCAUCAAACCCCGUCUCAAUCGACCAGGUCGUGUCAGACUUCGAUGGCGUCACGUUCCACGUCUCGACCCCCGAGUCGAAAACCAAGAUUCUCAUUUCCAUUGCUCUGAAGUGCUUCCGCGAGCUGGUGCAGUACGGCGCUCAGGCGGUGCUGGAACGGGAGUAUGGCCCGUACAUCGUUUCGCCCGAGCCGGGCUAUGACUUCUCCGUCCAGAUCGAUCUCGAGAAUCUGCCUCCCGAUGCGGAAGGGAAAGAGGACCUGAUUCGGCGGCUGUCACUCCUCAAGCGGAAUGUGAUGGCGGCGCCGUUCGAGCGGGCGUUUGACGAGUUUGCCAAGCUAUCAGAAGAGGCGUCGAGAUAUACAUCGGAAUCCGCUCCGCAGGGCGUCAAGGAAGGAGGAGAGGUGAUGGCGAUCCAUUACCGUGAGGAGGAAGCCAUCUACAUCAAAGCCAGUCAUGAUCGCGUGACGGUGAUCUUCAGCACGAUCUUCCGCGAAGAGACGGACCGAAUUUUCGGCAAAGUCUUCUUGCAGGAAUUUGUCGACGCCCGGAGACGCGUCCACACCUUGCAGAACGCUCCUCAAGUCCUCUUCCGCAGUGAUCCUCCCUUGGAGCUACAGGGAAUCCCGGGACUGAAGACCUCAUCUGAUGGGCAGAUCAGCUACAUCACAUUUGUCCUUUUCCCGCGUCACUUGACUCCGCAACGCCGUUACGAGAACAUUUCUCACAUCCAAACCUUCCGCGACUACUUCCACUACCACAUCAAAGCUUCGAAGGUUGGUGCUCUUAUAUCACUUAUCGAAGUGGUCGUUCUGGUUGCUCACUUACGACAGGCCUACAUUCACACUCGGAUGCGAAAGCGAACCGCAGACUUCCUGCAAGUUCUCAACCGAGCGCGGCCGGAGAACGAAGAACGGGAGAGGAAGACGGCCAGUGGACGUACCUUCAGGGUCCAGGGAUGA